UUGGUAAUUUGGAUUGAAGCUGAUUUUUUCAGUUGUGCGACCGUGUUUGUGGAUCGCCCAAACCAGCCGAUUGGUCGGUCGGUAGGUGGUGAUCCACUACAGCCAGCCUCGUGGAAGGGACCACAGAUCCACAUGGGCGACUGUGGUCCAGGUCGUUCGGGAGGGAGCUGCGACAGGAUGGAAGCGAGCGGCCAGCGAGAAUGUUUUGUCCGUGUCUGUCUGUGUUACAUGUUUGUCCGUGUUUUUGCAUGCCACGUCCUGGUGGCCGUUUGUCCGCGUCAGUCCUUGUCCUUCCCUUUGUACGUGCCCGUCCGGCCCCGUCUGAACACGUCCGUUCGUGUCCUGUCCUGUCCGCGUCUGUCUGUCCGUACCCACCUGUGUGUGCUGUCCGUUCACGUCCUCCUGGGUGCGUCUGCCCAAACGUCCACCUGUUCACCUGUUCUGUACAUGUCUGUUUCUGUCUGCCAAUCCGUCUGUCUGUGUACUGUCCAUGUCUGUUCUUGUCUGUCUGUCUGUGUCCGUCUAUCUGUAUGUCUGCAAGACUGCUGGCGUGUGUCUACACUUCCGUUCUUUCUGUCUGUCUUCUUAAAAUGUUAG